AUGAAUGACACAAAAGUAUCUUUUGGUUGGAACUCUUACUAAACUUGUUCUGCAUAGUAGUGUUCCAAACCUUAAAUCUUAGAACAAGGAAUCUCUUAUUGGUAAGAUUCUAACAUUAUCAUAAGCCUUUUCUUCUAUGUUGCUGUUGCUGGAGCUUAUGAUAUUUCUCUUUUAUCUACUGAAGUAUAGAGAUCAGCAGAACUUUAAGUUACUAUUCCCGCUAUCUCCUACAGCUACUUAGCAAAAUUUAACACUGAUAGCUUGAAUUUAUCUCUCGGUACCAUCCAAAUUAAAUAUCCUGCAUACUAUUAAGUAAAUUUUCAAGGGACUAAUUCUUUGGUAAAUAAAAAAGCUGGCUUUUACCCAUAAUUAAACUCUUUGAUUCUCUCAAAUUCUGAAAAUUAAAAUGCUAUAUUUUAUGUUAAAGACUCUUAUUCAUCAUAUUUUGGCAGAAGAGGCCCUUCAUGUCAUUUCAGAUACAACCUAGAACAUAGUUAAAAUAUCCAGCAAUUCUACAAUGAAGUUAAUGUUCCUAAGAAUUGGGAUACAUUGGGCACUUUUGCAAUGGCAAUAGGUUUUAACUAUGGAUAUUUUGGAAUGUAAGUGAAUUCUGAAACUGAAAGAAAAAUUCUUUUUUCUGUAUGGAGUCCAUAGUAAACUGAUGAUCCAUCUUAAAUAUCACCUGAUAAUGCCGUUCUUUUAGUAGCUAAAGGUAACAACACCGUUAUUAACUCUUUUGGAAAUGAAGGAUCUGGCGGACAGAGCUAUCUAGUUUAUCCUUGGGUUGCAGGUGUUUCAUAUAAAUUCAAACUUGUUGGUUAACCUUCUACAGACGGAUACUCAAUAUAUAGUGCUUACUUUAAGGAUCCCACAAUAUGCUCAGAUUAUAUUUUAAUUGCUUCUUGGAAAAGACCAAAAACAUAAUCAUACUUAAGUGGUUUACACUCAUUUAUAGAAAAUUUUGAACCAGAAACAGGAAAUAUUUCAAGAAAAGCCUACUUUAAUAACUAGAAAGCUAUUGAUGAUUAAAACAAAGAAGUAAAAGUAUUAUCAGCUUCCUUUUCUUAUGAUGGUACAGCAUCUUAAUAGCAGAGGUUUGAUUAUGAUGGUGGUGUAGAUAUCCUAAAAGGAUUUUACCUUAGAAACUGUGGCUUUUUUAACAAGACUAAUGUUUAGUAUGGAGAUACUUUCAGAAAAAAUAGAUGA